UCGUGUAAAGAAACCUAUAUGAAAAAAGAUGGAUAUAUACUGGGUUAUUUUGUUCAUAUUUCUGGUAUCCUUAUUAAUAGAAAGGUUAGCGAGAAAAUUAAAGAUCAAUAACUUUAAUCAGCGUUAUGUUGUCGUUACUGGAUGCGAUACGGGAUUUGGAAACAUGCUUGCUAAAAGGCUUGACGCCAUGCAAUUCCGUGUUUUUGCGGGAUGUUUUACAAGCAAGGCAGUUACGCAGUUGACCGAAGAAUGUUCGCAGAAUAUGACAGCUAUACAAGUAGAUGUUUCAAAAGAUGCAAGUAUUGAACAAAUGUUGGAAACAGUUAAAAGGAAACUACCCAAAGACAAAGGACUUUGGGCUGUUGUUAAUAAUGCUGGAAUAACCGGAACUGCAGGGCAAUGUACCUGGCAAACGAGACAAGAUUUUGAAACUGUGUUAGCAGUUAAUUUUUAUGGUGUUGGUAUGGUAACGAAUGCCUUUUGUCCUCUGAUAGUGAAAGAACGUGGUCGUGUUGUGAACGCAUCAAGUAUGAUGGGACGAAUUGCAUUUGGCCAGGCUACAUACGUCGUAUCAAAGUAUUGCGUGGAAGCAUUUUCUGAUGUACUCAGACGAGAACUUUACAGAACAGGGGUGAAAGUAUGCAUAGUUGAGCCUGGUGCAUUUAAAACUGGAAUAAUUGAUCCAAGUGCUCAAUUAAAAAGACUUGAAAAUAAAGUCAACAGCUUGCCAGAAGAAAUAAAAGGGAAACUGCGAGAGGAUUACAUCAGCAUAAGUAUGGCCAGAUUCACGAAAGCAACUUCUAAUGCCUCCACUAACGUCAAUGAGGUUGUCGAUGCCUACAUACAUGCCAUUACUGCAAAGUAUCCAUUGAAAAGGUAUUUAGUUGGCACAGACGCAAGAUUUUUGAUGCGGGCACUGUGGAUGCUUCCUGAAUGUGCAAGUGACUUCAUCAUUAAUAAAUUGAUUGGAAAGGAUAUAAAUAAGGAGUAGACGUUUUCUCUUUAUAACAAUCUACAGAUAGUACGGUCUUUUUAUCUAACAUAUACCUUAGUGUUCCGUGUACCAAUACACAAUAUAGUUAGAUAUAAAAUGUAAUACUCUAAACAUGAAAAGUCGGUUUCAGUUACUACGCCAAGCAGUGUCGCAUAUCGGGAUAAAAUCAGCUUUUAAACAUUAUAUAUAAACCUUUAUGAAAAUCAAAGCUUGCAGCACGAAAAUUUAGACAGAUGUCUACAAUCUACAAGCCAGUUGCGUUUUGGCCGUCGUCUGCGUCGGCCUUCGAUUCUGAAACUUUAUUCACGAUUGCCAGCAAGUUUAAAUUAUAAAACAAAACAUAUGAAAGUGUAUAUAUAACUACUAUAAUUGUUAUCAUUAAUAUAGAAAAUCUUCACAUAUAUUUUUUAUUCAACAAAAUGUUCGCGCAGUUGUGCAAAAUGCUUUCUCAUGUCAUAAGUACAUAUCAUUACUGAAUAAAGGAGACAAUUUGCCUCAUCGAUAUUUCCAGAAUAGCAACAUAUUAAUUAUCAUGUUUCUUAUUGUAUAAUUGAUGCAUUUUAGUUUGAAGCCGGUCGUACUUGCAAAAUGCAAUGAAAGCAUCGUCGGGUGAAGGAAUAAAGAAAUAAAUACACACACAUGAACUGACCCCUUCCAGCCCAUGAAAACCAUGACCUGAUUACAUUUAUUUAAAAGAGAUUUAUACUAUUCUCUAUGUAGCUAUCAUCCUGUCUGUCUAUAUAUAUAAAGGCUUAUACUCCUUCGUCCGAUAAUGCUCUUUCAUUAUGUAUGUCUGGGUUGAACCAACGACCUUGGCUUCCUCAAUACGAAUUCAACGCCAAAAGCGGUAGUGAGGUUCGAACCCACACGGAUGAGGGACAAGUGGUUUUUAAUCAGUGAUCUUAACCAUUCGGCAACGGAAGUCCCAGAAGACAUUGAUAGUGCUUAAAUAAGUCGUGUUUUGGAAGUGAUGGCCUGAAAGAAUAUAAAAAAUGAGCAGUGCCAUGAGAAAACCAACAUAGCGGCUUUGCUACCAGCAUGGAUCCAGACCAGCCGCGCAUCCGCACAGUCUGGUCAGGAUCCAUGUUGUUCGCUUUCAAAACUUAUUGCAUUUGGAGAAAAUGUUAUCGAAUGUUAUCGCAUCCGCGCAGUCUGGUUAGGAUCCAUGUUGGUCGCAAAGCCACUAUGGUUUUCCCAUGGCGCGGCUUAAAUAGCGUUUGACCUAGAUAAAUAUGAUGUUAAGUCUAAUCCAACGUGUAUUGUUUAGUCGUUUAUUCUGUGUUACACAAAUGUAUGAAUAAACAGUUUUAGACAUUAUAUCUUUACUGAUAA